AAAACAUUAUCCUCAUCGUCUGUUCCUGCUAAUAAACGUCAAGUUGUGCAAGAUGCCUGCGAGACCUCGUGGAGGCAGGCCCACGCUGGGCCAUGGACUGGAUAAGGAAAUUUACCAAAUCGUUCGCAAAUUUAUUGAUGAGCAGUCCCAGUAUGACGAUGGCCGAGGAUUUCGCCUUACCUCGUCGACAGUAUAUGAUCGCAUAAAACGGUCAAACUCGAGUCUUAAUCGCAAAAGCAAGAAGCUUCUCGAGGACAGCAUAGAACGGGUUAUUGCCGUGAUUAAGGAAGAGACAGCCGAUGACGACCCGGGCUCUAUUGAUGGAGAAUUUGACGGCCUUGAAGAUCCUGAGCCGGAGCCGGAGCAGGAACCAAAUUCCAUGAACAAGAGUAUCGUAGCAAUGUGGGGAUCCUCGAAACCUCAAUCUGAAGCCGCAUCUCCCGCGCCAGGCCAGACACCUCCGUCAGCAUCAUCGAAGAAGCGCGAACGACAAACAAAUGGCGAACCGCUUAAGAAGAAGCGCCGAGUACCUGCGCCGGCAGAGACCGUCGACCGUUCGCCCCCUACGCAUGUCAGUCUCGCAGACUUUGGCGGCGUAGACUCGAUUAUCCAAGACCUUGAAGACCUGCUUGUUCUUCCGCUAUUACGACCUCAGAUCUAUAGCGCAUCAAAGAUUCAGCCUCCUCGGGGUAUUCUUCUGCAUGGUCCGCCGGGAUGCGGUAAGACCAUGAUCGCGAACGCCUUUGCUUCUGAAAUUGGUAUUCCGUUCAUUCCAAUCUCAGCCCCGUCCAUUGUGUCGGGCAUGUCGGGAGAGUCGGAGAAGCAGCUCCGCGAGUUCUUUGAAGAAGCCAAGAGAAUGGCUCCAUGUCUCAUGUUUAUCGACGAAAUCGACGCCAUCACGCCGAAACGUGAAAGCGCCCAGCGUGAAAUGGAAAAGCGCAUCGUGGCACAGCUGCUCACAUGCAUGGAUGACCUAGCGCUCGAAAAGACUGACGGAAAAGCCGUCAUCGUGCUGGCUGCUACAAACCGCCCAGAUGCUCUCGAUCCCGCCCUCCGACGAGGAGGUCGAUUCGACAAGGAAAUAAACCUGAGCGUUCCAAAUGAGGCUCAUCGUGAGCAGAUUCUUCGUGCGCUUACGCGCGACAUGCGUCUCCAUGGCGACUUUGAUUUCCGUCGACUUGCCAAGAUGACGCCCGGAUUUGUUGGCGCAGAUCUAAACGACCUGGUCGCAACGGCUGGUUCUGCAGCUAUCAAGCGCUACUUGGAUCUGCUCAAGUCCAGCGCCCAUACACAUGCACUUGCACUCGAAAAUGGAAACGACAUGGAACUCGAUGACCCUCCUGUCUCGACUGCCGUGGUUCCCGCCGCCACCACCACCACGACUGGCCCCGUCGACGACGAAGGUGCUCCCAUUGUCCCCCUCAAAGUGCGAGAGCUCCGCGAAAUCAUCGCCCAGGCUAAAGAACCCUUCGCCGCCGCCAACGACGCCGUAUCCAUCACUCACGAGGACUUCCUCAAUGCUCUCCCCAAAAUCCAGCCCUCGUCGAAACGUGAAGGCUUCGCCACCGUGCCCGAUACUACCUGGGAGGAUAUUGGCGCGCUCCAGGCCAUCCGGGAAGAACUCCAGACCGCCAUCGUCGAGCCCAUCCGCAACCCCGAAAUGUACGAACAAGUCGGCAUUACCGCUCCUGCCGGUGUUUUGCUCUGGGGCCCACCAGGUUGCGGUAAGACGCUCCUCGCGCGAGCUGUCGCCAAUGAGUCCAAAGCAAACUUUAUCAGCGUCAAAGGUCCAGAAUUACUCAACAAGUACGUCGGCGAGUCCGAGCGGUCCGUGCGCCAGGUCUUCGUCCGCGCCCGCUCGUCCAUUCCCUGCGUCAUCUUCUUCGACGAACUCGACGCCCUCGUCCCGCGCCGUGACGAAUCCCUCUCCGAAGCCUCUGCCCGCGUCGUCAACACUUUGCUCACCGAGCUCGACGGCCUAUCCAGCCGCCAAGGCAUCUACGUCAUUGCCGCCACCAACCGUCCCGACAUCAUCGACCCGGCCAUGCUGCGUCCCGGCCGUCUCGAGACCUUGCUCUUCGUCGGCCUCCCUGGCCCCGACGAGCGCGUGGAAAUCCUCGCCGCGUUGCUUCAGAAACUCCCUGUCGCGGACGAAUCCCAGCGCGGCGCGAUCGCGGAAGUGGCCCUCGCGUGCCAUGGCUUUUCGGGCGCAGAUUUGGAGUCUCUCUUGCGAAGGGCAGGAUAUAGUGCAGUCAAAGCGAGGAGAAAGAUUGCCCUCGAGGAUUUCCAUGACGCGCUCAAGAAGGUCAGGCCGAGUGUGAGUGAUUUGAGCAAGUAUGAGAAAUUGAGAGGCCGCUUGGAGAGCGGCGAUGCGAUUUAGGUAUGGUAUGGUGGGAAAGAGGUGGAAUCGGCGUGGAAGUAGAAGCGGAAGGGGAGGUGGAAGGGGAAGUGGAAAGAGAGGGUAAAGGAACCGUGGUUAUUGAUUGUUGUGCACGCUUUGCGUGGAUUGUUGUAGUAGCAGUAUAUAUCAUGGAGUUUAGAAUGUUGUAGUAUCAAAAUAUUUCACAUCAAUGGAGUUUGUGGCAAAAGGUGAUGAUCUUCAUUUAGAGCGGUUAUACUAGUCUGAGAGCUUUGAUAUGGUCG